GGAAAAUAUUACGAAUAUGUUGCUACCUCCCAUAAUAAAUACAAACACCUACAAGUAUAUAGUUUAUACAACCUAAGAUUUUGUUUACAUCUAUUUAUAACAGUUUAUCGCACCAAUGUAUAGCUAGCAAUAUAGCUAUAGCAAUGAUGGGCGCAUUAGUUCAUGUUUUAUCGCGAGACCUCGAACAUUACAAUGAGCGAAAGUAGCAGCGUACAGAUCGUUUCGAUAACCACCACGGAAUGGACGGCGCUGCGCGAUGUAUACCGAAAAGACUGGCCGAAGAAUUCGUACAGCUACUAUGCUCUGGAAAAUUAUAUACGGUGGUCACGCAGAGACCCCGAACUGUGCAAGCGGGAAGUUAGUAUUUGGAGUAUAGACAAUAAUUGGCGGAUACAUGGCAUUUAUAUAUUAGAGGAUAGAAUUAAUCACAGUCACAUGAUCCGAGCAGAUAUCUGUUCCACCGAGCACAUAACACUUUUCCAGCAGGCAUUAAGUCGCACGAACUUUAAGACAUCUACUGAGUUUAUAUUUCGUGAGAAAACCUGCUCCUUUGUAAAGAGGCAUCUCGAAGAUUUUGGCUACAAAAUUAAUCUAAAGGCAUGCUAUCCAGCAAAGUUCUAUCUACUAAGUAAAGCCGACUGCCGCAAACUGGAAGUUAGACCACGCACGGACUUCAUUAUUAAACCACUCACAUUGAAUGACGUUAAAGAAGUUGAUGACUUCUGGCCUUAUAAGUCGGCCGGUUCUCCUUACAUUAUAAGUAGAAAUAUCAAGUACAAUAUCUCCUUAGGCGCCUAUCAUCCCGAGAGCGGUGAAUUGUGCGCUUGGGUAUUACACAGCGAAUUGGGCACCUUUGGGCUUUUAUAUGUCAAAAGCAAUUACAGACGCCGCAGGCUGGCCGAGGAUUUGGUGAUUCGAAUUUGUCUAAAGUUGGCCGAGCAGGAUUGUGAUGCCAGUGCACAUAUCGUGGAUACGAAUGAACCAUCUACUAAGCUCUUUACAAAGUUAGGGUUCCAGCCCAUUGAAUACAAUUAUUGGUUUAUAAGAGGAGACUACGAAAUUGCUCCAAAGGCAAGCGUCGCACCUACGGCGGGCCUAUGUGGUCAAACUAUAAAGCAUGGUUAAGAAUAUACAUAUAUAUAUUAUAUAUAAACCCAUUAGCUUCUAGCUUAAAUAUUUCAAAUUUCUUAAUACUUAAUUUAAAAAUUAAAAAAAAAUCAAUAAGUACUCAAUUCUGUUCAUACAUAUAAUA